AACAAGCUGCUAUCCAUUUCCAUUUCGAAAGAAACGCAUAAAUUAAAAAACCCUCGACACGCGCUCUCUCUUUCUCUCAAAAGCAAAAAAUAUCUGAAGGAUGGACGCAACAACAGUAGAGGAAUUGAAGCAAUUUAUUGAACAGUGCAAAUCCAGUCCAUCCAUCCUCGCCGAUCCUUCCCUUUUCUUCUUCCGCGACUACCUCGAAAGUCUCGGCGCUAAGCUCCCCGCUUCCGCUCACAAGAAGAGCUAUGUUGUCGAGGACAGUGAUGAAGAAAUGGAGGAGAAGGAAGAGUCACAAGUAGAACCUCAAGUCGAGGAGGAGGAGGAGGAGGAGGAGAUUAUUGAAUCCGAUCUUGAGCUCGAAGGCGACACUGUUGACCCUGAUAAUGAUCCUCCACAGAAGAUGGGAGACCCGUCGGUAGAGGUUACAGAGGAAUGUCGCGAUGCUUCUCAAGAGGCCAAGGCUAAAGCCAUGGAAGCUCUCUCUCAAGGUAAACUUGAGGAAGCGAUUGAACAUUUGACAGAAGCAAUUUCUCUCAAUCCUACAUCAGCAAUCAUGUAUGCCACAAGAGCUACUGUUUACAUCAAAAUGAAGAAGCCCAAUGCUGCUAUCCGGGAUGCUAAUGCAGCUCUUGAGAUUAACCCGGAUUCAGCUAAGGGAUACAAGUCUCGUGGCAUGGCACAGGCAAUGCUUGGUCAGUGGGAAGAUGCUGCCAAGGAUCUUCACCUGGCAUCGAAGUUAGAUUAUGAUGAGGAGAUAAGUUCUGUACUUAAGAAGGUUGAACCAAAUGCACACAGGAUUGAGGAACACCGCAGGAAGUAUGAAAGGCUACACAAAGAGAGGGGGGAUAGAAAAGCUGAGCUUGAGAGGCAACGCCGUCGUGCUAAAGCUCAGGCUGAGUAUGAGAAGGCCAAGAAGCAAGAGCAGUCAUCUUCCAGUAGAAAACCUGGAGGCAUGCCAGGUGGAUUUCCAGGUGGGAUGCCGGGAGGUUUCCCAGGUGCCAUGCCUGGGGGAAUGCCUGGAGGUUUCCCAGGUGCCAUGCCAGGAGGGAUGCCUGGAGGUUUCCCCGGUGCCAUGCCAGGAGGGAUGCCUGGAAAUGUUGAUUUUAGCAAAAUAUUGAAUGACCCUGAAUUGAUGGCCGCAUUUAGUGAUCCAGAAAUCAUGGCUGCACUUCAAGAUGUAAUGAAGAACCCAGCUAAUCUUGCUAAGCAUCAAGCAAACCCCAAGGUGGCUCCUACAAUUGCAAAGAUGAUGGGCAAAUUUGCAGGACCUCAAUGAGUGGUUGUCGAAGUUGACAUUGUGCUUGGGUUAAUCCUUGUGUUUUGAGGUGUCACAGCUUGAUAAAUCUCGUGUAGCUCACUUGUUUUUCAAUUACCGUGUUGGCACGGACCAAGCUACUUGGCCGCCACUCAUUGCUGUGCUGGGAAUUGUUUUUAUUUUUUUGGACUGGAACGAUUCAUUUCAUAGAAUGGAGAGAAGCUUAGAUUUCAUUCAAA